AUGGAAUUGCAUACUGGCGAAAAUCUAUUUGAAUGCGAAAUUUGCACCAAACAGUUGUCAUUUGCACCAAAGCAUACUUUACAAUCACAUAUGACAGUGCAUACUGGUGAAAAACCAUUUCAAUGUGACAUUUGCACCAAACAGUUUUCAACGAAACAAGUUUUACAAUCGCAUAUGAAAUUGCAUACUGGUGAAAAUCUAUUUAAAUGCGAAAUUUGCAACAAGCAGUUUUCAGCAAAGCAUACUUUACAAUCACAUAUGAGAGUUCAUACUGGUGAAAAACCAUUUGAAUGUGAAAUUUGUGGCAAACAAUUUUCAGCAAAGCAUAUUUUAAAAUCACCUAUGACAAUGCAUACUGGUGAAAAACCAUUUAAAUGUGAAAUUUGCACCGAACAAUUUUCAAUCAAGGGUAUUUUAAAAGCGCAUAUGACAGUGCAUACUGAUGAAGAAGAACCAUUUAAAUGUGGAAUUUGCACCAAACAGUUUUCAAGGAAACAAAAUUUAAUAAGGCAUAUGAGAUUGCAUACUGGUGAAAAACUAUUUAAAUGUGAAAUUUGCGCCAAAAAAUUUUCAAGCAAAACACAUUUAGAAAGGCAUAAUAUGAGAGUUCAUACUUAUGAAAAACCAUUUGAAUGUGAAGUUUGCAUUAAACAGUUUUCAGAAAAAAGAAAUUUAGAAAGGCAUACGAGAACUCAUACUGGUGAAAAGCCAUUUGAAUGUGAAAUUUGCGCCAAACAAUUUUCAACAAAGUAUAGUUUCAAAUAUCAUAUGACAGUGCAUACUGGUGUAAAAUGA